GUGUGCGGAGGGAGGGAUUGGGGGCACCCUUGGCCGAGGAAGCUGGCGGAAAAAUGGGUGACAGCGCUGAUGCCUGGGUGGGAAGUGCUUACCUCUUUGUCCAGUCGACCUCUGAAAACAUUCUCCUGCCCUCACUCUAUGGAAAACCGGAGCAGAAGCCUCAGGUGUUCAAAGCAUUCAAGUUGGCAUUUGCAGAUUCUACAGGUAGCCUCAAUGGAGUGGACAUGCUGAAAGUUCACUGCAGUGACCCCCACUUGAUUGUCCAGCUCAAAUUCUCCAACCGAGAGAACUGCCGCAAAUUUCUGCAAAGUUAUCGCGAAGGAGCUCUCCGGGACUCUCUACAGAGAUAUCUCUCCUUGACCACACCUAGUCCAGUUCAUGUCCAGAUGGAGCUGAAAACCGGUGCUGUGCAGUUGGACUCUAUGCUUCUGGAGGAGGAACGCUGUGUAGAAUGCAUCUCCCAAGAAAAGCCUAACCGUCUCAGGGAUGAAGAAAUUACAAAGCUGGAGGAAUCCCUCAGGAACUUGAGUUGUCAGGGAGGCAACAGCAGCCUCAUGAGACCCGAAGAGCAGAGUCCCUCUUUGGAUUCAUCACAUCCUCCCUGCAGUUCCGUGAGGAGUCCAAACUCUCUGCCGCAAGGAGACACCUUCACCUUCCAGGGACAGCAAUUUACCAACAGAAAAAUCACCCUAGAUGACCAUCAGAAAUUUGCCAAACUCGUCUCAAAGAAAUGGAAGCAAGUGGGCCGGUCUCUGCAGACCACCUGUCGAGCCCUUCGGGAUCCCACCAUUGACAACUUGGCCAUGGAGUAUGAGCGGGAAGGCCUUUAUGAGCAAGCCUACCAGAUGCUCCGCAAAUUUAUCGACUCUGAGGGCAAAAGAGCCACCAUUCAGAGACUGGUUGCUGCUCUGGAGGAGAACGGGCUCAUAAGCUUAGCUGAAGAGCUGCUAGGAAUUCGCCCCAAUGAGACGGCAGUGUAGGAAACGGACAGAAGGAUUCCUCAUCUGAAGCUACGAAGCCAUAACUUUGAACACUCAUGAGUUUACGAGUUUCUUGACUGCACCUUAGUAAUUCACCGCCAGCCCCUCCACCCCCAACUGUGACUAUCUGCCACUGGUGGCUACCUGUCAAAAGUAGCCACUGAAAAUGCUGAUUUAGGCCUGAAGACCACUGAAUGUCUCAGUGCUGCACCAUGGAUAUUUCCGAGAAAAUGUCGUCUUCCAAUAGGAUCCCAGGGAAAGUGGUUCAGUCAGAUCUUCACUGUUUUGGAUCGCCUUGCAGCAUAAGAGCCAAAAUAAGCCCAAGCUUGAACGUGUAAUCACAAACUGGGGGAUGCUGGGACAUAAUCUACGCUGAGUGACCAUAUCCAUAACUGGGGCUGGUUCUGCUUAGCAAGGGCCGGGUUGC